AUGGAGGCACCUGCAUUGUAUCUGGGUCUCUUCAUUCUCAUCUUUCUUCUAAUUUUUACAUGGAGGAUGCACAGGAGACGGCUCUCUUUGCCUCCUGGACCGAUCCCUCUGCCAUUUGUGGGGAACCUGUUUCAAGGAAGUUUUUUACUUUAUGAGUCUUACCUCAAGCUCUGCAAGCAAUAUGGUCCAGUCUUCACUGUUUGGCUCGGCAAUACACCUGUGGUUGUACUCUGUGGAUAUUCAGUAGUUAAAGAUGCCCUCAUAAAUUAUUCCCAUCGCUUCAGUGAUCGUGGACCUUUGCCAAUAACAGCCAGAUUGGCUAAAAGUUACGGUAUCAUAGGUACCAAUGGGGAGCACUGGAGACACACAAGACGAUUUGCUAUCACCACAUUAAGAAAUUUUGGAAUGGGAAAAAGAUCAAUGGAGCAAAGAGUGCAAGAAGAAGCUGAGCACCUUAUCAAGGCUAUAGAAGCUACACGUGGUGAAGCAUUUAACCCUCAAGCAGUUCUUGGACGUGCGGUGAACAAUGUUAUCAAUCUAGUUGUGUUUGGCAGAAGAUGGGACUAUGAGGACGAGACAUUCCUGAAGCUCCUAGACAUCACAAAUAAUCUGUUUAACUUUGUCCGGGCUCCUCUAGGAGUGGCAUAUGUAGCAUUUGAAAGGAUAAUGAAGCAUCUGCCUGGCAGUCAUCAGAAGAUCUUUCAAGACUGCGAAGACAUGAAAUCUUUCAUCAGGGAGCAAAUAGAAUCUCACAAGAAGACACUAAAUCCGGAUGCCCCCCGAGAUUUCAUAGACUGCUUCCUCAUAAAGGCAAACAAGGACAAUGAAACAAAUGGUGAAGAAUUUAACCAAGAAAAUUUGGUUGUCGUAGCCUUUGAGCUUUUCACAGCUGGGACAGAGACCACAUCGAAUACUCUCCAGUUCAGUCUUCUGCUGAUGAUGCAAUAUCCACAUGUCCAAGAAAAGGUGCAGAAGGAGAUCGAUACAAUCAUUGGUUCAAGCAGGAUGCCUGGAAUGGCUGACCAGUCCCAGAUGCAUUACACAAAUGCUGUGGUACAUGAAAUCAUGAGAUAUGUAGAUAUUGUUCCAAUGGCUCUUGCUCACCAGGUGUCAGAGGACACAUUCUUCAGAGGUUUUAUGAUCCCUAAGGGAACCAUCGUAUUCCCUCUCCUUGGCUCAGUUUUAGCAGAUCCAGACUGCUGGAAGACUCCUUAUGAUUUUAAUCCAGAAAACUUCUUGGACCAGAAUGGAUUGUUCUGCACACAUGGUGCUUGGAUGCCUUUCUCAGCAGGAAAAAGGAUCUGCCCCGGUGAAGGACUGGCUCGUAUGGAAAUCUUCCUCUUCUUGACUGCUCUGCUUCAGACGUUCACAAUAAAACCUGCAAAUCCAUCUGACACAUAUGACCUGUGGACCCUUAGAAGAGCCUUCAGAAAAAAAGGACUUUCUUAUUGUUUGAGUGCCUAUCCCCGCACAUAACAAAGGAAGCACACCAGUAGUAAAAAGUCAGAGAAUCUCGACUUGUAUUUUCUCUUCGAGAAGUCCAGUUGCUCUGCAUUUUUACUACUGAUAUACCAUGACCUCGAUGAAUGAGAAUCUUCAUAGAUGUAUGAAAGGAAAAUUCAUACUUUCUACACAAAUAUGGCAACUACAGAAAUUGAUAUUUAGAUUCACUGACGCUUUUUCUCUAAUUUCUCACUUUUUUAAUCACAUGACUUUUGUUUUUGUUGAUUUCAUUAUAGAACAAAAUGUGGCAAGACAAGUCAACUAUAAAUUCUACAAUUUC